AACGUAUGGAAACUUCUGCCUUCUCGAAGGUAACAGGUCUAGCUAGCUAGCUAGCUUUUGUUGUAGGCUAGUUUGCAGCAGCUGCAGCAGGUAUUAUCGAAGAGGAUGAUGUUGCUAAUUUGUUAGCUCUUCCCUUUUCAAGAUUAACUUUCAAGAAAUUAAGUUUCAAAUUAUUAUCAUCUGUGCCUCAAGGUGCUUUGGCUUUUAACAUUGACCCAGUUGCUUGGAAGUAUGUCAGUCAACCUGCUGCUGGGUUUGGAUACAAGGUGGUACAGAAUAACCCAUCAAGCUUGCUUAUAAGUGCCCCCCUGGAUCAGUAUAAGCAAAAUAGGAGGGGACAAGUUUACCGAUGUCUGGUCAGAGAUUCAUCUUGCAUACCAUUGUCAAUACAAGAGCCCAGUCAUGGGAUCAAUAUGUCUCUUGGUUUGUCAAUGACAAAGGAUCCCGAGUCACUAAACACCAUGGUAUGCGGACCAACCAUCCCAAGAGAGUGCAAAUCCAUCACCACCUACAAUGGGAUGUGCUUUGAAAUUGACCAAAGUCUUCAUGUGAAACAACCUGUCCCUUCAUCUCUGGAAGAAUGUCCUGGACAAACAGACAUAGCCUUUCUAUUGGAUGGGUCAGGAAGUGUUAACAGAGUUGAUUUUGAAAAAAUGAAAGGCUUCGUGAAAGAUCUGAUCAGGGAAUUUCUGGAAAGGGAUACUAAGUUUGCAGUUGCCCAGUAUUCAGGCUAUUGCACUAUACAUUUUGACUUAAAUACGUUUAAUGUCAUGAUUCGGGAUUAUCAAGUGAAUAGUAUUGCUCAACAAGGUGGAGGGACUUACACGGCAGCAUCCAUGAGAAAAGUUGUCCAAGAGGUCUUUUCACCGAGUAGAGGAUCCAGACCAAAGGCAAAGAGGAUCAUGAUAGUCAUUACAGAUGGACAAUCAAAUGACAGCGAGAUGCUGAAAAAUGCAGCCUCUGAGGCUGAAGCCAAAAACAUUAUUCGUUUUGCCAUUGGGGUGGGCAGAGCCUUUUCUUCGACCUCAGCAAGAAAUGAGUUAGAAACAAUUGCCUCCUCUCCACCAAGAAACCACAUGUUUCAAGUGGGCAGCUUCCAAGCACUUGACCAAAUCAAGGAUACAUUACAGAACAGCAUUUUUCCUAUUGAAGGAUCUCAGACUACUGGGGAAUCUAUUAAGAUGGAAAUGGCCCAGGAGGGAUUCAGUGCAGCAUACAUUCCUAGGAGAGGAUUCCAGAUGGGAGCUGUUGGAGCCUUCCAAUGGAGGGGGGCUUACCAGGAAUACACAGGGAGCACUUUAUACCCUACACCACAACAGAGUAAAAACAUGGAACCAGAUAGCUAUAUGGGGUACUCCAUGGCAGUUGCUACGACACACACUCGCCAGUUUACCAUUUUAGGUGCUCCAAGAUUUAAACACACUGGACGAGUGGUGGUUCUUCCGUCCAGAAACACAGACAAGCCGAUAGAAUUUUCUGGACAGAUUGGUGCUUAUUUUGGUGCAGAGGUCUGUGCAAUGGAUGUGAAUAAAGACUCAUAUAGCGACCUAGUCCUCAUAUCAGCUCCGAUGUUCACAGACAGUGACAGAGAGGGCAGGGUAUAUGUCUGUACCAUCAAUGACAGGUCUGGGGUGGCCUGUCAAUUAAAUGCUGAGAUGACACUGAUGGGAGAUGCAGGACAGAUUGGCAGGUUUGGAACUUCUCUUGCCCCACUGCCUGACCUGAAUAUGGAUGGAUUUAAUGAUUUAGCAGUCGGAGCACCUCUAGAGAACGAUGGUCAAGGAAGUGUCUACAUAUUCCAUGGGACGAGUAGUGGAAUCAGCAAAAUCAAAUCUCAGAAAAUUUCAGCCUCAGAUGUACAGUCUGGAUUAAAGUAUUUUGGACUGUCCAUCAGUCAGACUUCCCUGGACAUGAGUUUGGAUUCUCUCCCAGACUUGGCCGUGGGAUCAAAGGGGGCUGUUCUCUUACUCAGGUCCAGGCCUAUAGUAACAUUGAUGGCACGAGUUUCCUUCAACCCACCCAAAAUCCCCACCAACCAGGUGGACUGCAGUACACCUCUGAGAAACAUUGCGAAAGUCUGUUUCACCAUGACCAGACAAACAACAGACACAAAAGAUCUUCAAGCAAAGAUUAACUAUACUUUAACUCUGGAUGUGACCCGCCAAGCUCCAAACUAUCGUGCUUAUAUCAGUCCAAAGAUACGGGAGAAAACGAAUACUAUUACAUUAAGACUUCAAGAGCAAUGCUUCUCUCAUAACUUCUUUAUUGAGGCUUGCCCAGAGGACUCCCUCAAUGAACUGUCCAAUGAACUUGACUUCACAUUUGAAGGGUUGCCAACAACAUCUCCUGGUGGCCUCAGCUCUAGCCUUUCCCCGCAGUCUUCGACUGCAACAUAUCAUCCUUUAGGUUUUGAGAUCAACUGUGGAGCUGAUAACAACUGCAUUGACAACCUGAAAGUGGAUUUUAAUUUCACUGGGAGUUCUGAGGUGAGGGUUGGCAUAGAUGAGGUGAUAAAUGUGACAGUGUCAGUCGAAAGCAGGGAAGAGAACUCUUACAACAGCCACGUUAUUCUCAAAUACCCUGCAGGACUUUCAUUCAGGAAGUUCACCAUACUCCAGGGAAGAGUGGAGUGUAACUCAUCAGACAGUGUGGGAAAUGUAAUGUGGGGACAAAGUGACUGCACCAUUGACAAGCCAAUCUUCAAAAGCGAUUCUAAGGCUCUCUUAGUAAUUUCCUAUGGGAUUGAUAGAAACACACAAUUUGGCCAAAUGAUGACAUUCACUGCAAAUGCCUCAAGUGGAAAUGCACACUCGCCAAAGAGUGAACUUUCCAAAGUGAAAGAGAUUGGUGUGAAAUACAGCAUUUUUGUUGUGAUUAAAAGAAAUGAGGAUUCAACCAGUUAUGUUAAUUUCACUGCCGGGAAAAAUGAUUUGCAGAAACAUGUGAAACAAUCCUUUGAGGUUGAAAAUUAUGAAAGAGGCUUCAAUCUUACUGUGAUAAUCAAGGUGCCAAUGAAGCUUGGUGACAAAGACAUCUGGGCUGAUCCAAAUGGUAUACAGAUUCAAGGUUGUCAAAGACACAAGAAUGAGGAACCUACUGCCACAGAGUUUGUGGACCAACUGCAGAAAAAUCAUGCUGUGGACUGCUCUGUCGCAAAUUGUGGGGUGUUCAUGUGCAAAAGCUUCAUUCGAAAUUUGGAUCGUAACUCUUAUAACAUCACUGGUAACCUCAGCUCUCAAUGGAUAGAACAGAUUGGUCUUGAGUCUGCCCAGUUCAACUUGGUCAGCAGUGCCACUGUAGAUUAUGACAGAAACCAAUACAUCUAUUAUUCUUCGGACUCCAAAAAUAACCCACCUAUACAAAAGAUUGAAACUCAGGUGGAGGUGUAUCCUGAAGUUAACUUCACAAAGGGGGUCAUUGGGGGUGUUGUGGGAGGUCUGCUGCUGUUAGCUUUGAUCACAGCUGGGCUUUAUAAGGCUGGGUUUUUCAAAAGCCAGUUGAAGCAGAUGAUGCAGAAUACAUCAGAAGAUGGACCAGGGGUUGAUGGAGAAGCUGCCUCGCCUGAAUAAUAGCAAACUAUUGGACUUGCUCACUGAAUGUGUACAAAUAUUAAAGAGGAAGUUCAGGAUUUUACAACUUGAUGUUAGAUGGUUCCUCACCGAAAAAGUAGUCUAUGGGUCAGGAAAAUCAGUAAAUCAUGGUUCGGUUUUCUUUAAAUCUACUACAAACUUCAGUUAACUUGAGCCACUGCUAACAAAAAAACGAUGCUUGUGAUAGAUGCAAUCCUGCAAUUUAGAAAUGUUAUCGGCCAAAUCAACUACAUAGUUGGUUUUUCGUUACUUAAUUUACUUACUUUACCGCAUAAUGUUACCAUGUGGCAACAUAUCAUUUCUCUUUACCCCCUAAAUGAAAAAAUACACCAUGGCCUUUUAACUAGAUAAUAACUAGCUACCAUGCACAUAACUAGCUAAGAGCUAGUUAUUAAUUUGCUCCACAAAUGAUUCUCAUAAAACAAUCAUCUUUACAUCUCCCCCUCCCCCCAAAAAGAUAACAUUUGGCCAAGAUUACAUACGACUUUAUUUACAUAUGCAUGGAAAAUACAAUGAUUUUUAUAUGUAUAAUAUUAUAAUAUCCAUUACAUAAAUAUAUAAUAGGGCUAGAUAUAAGUUUUUUUAAGAAAACAUAUUUUCAGAAAGUGUGAAGGAAUAAAACAAUACAAUUAUAAUUCAAACACCUCAUUUUUAUUAGAAAACCCAAUUAUUCAUGAUAUUAGUAGAAGAGUAUUACCGUUGUCGCACAGUGUUUCCAUAAGGCAACAUACAGUUAAAUAAAACAUUGUUCUACAUUUGUUUAUUUGAGGCCAUUUUGAAGUGAUAAAAAUGGAAGUGGCAUGGUUCUAUAAUAACGUGUGCAGUAAAGGGUGAUUUGGCCAUUGUAAAUCAUUUGCACAGUUGCCACUAUCACUUCCAUUGAUUGUUAGUUAACAGUGGCUAAAGUUAGCUGAAGUUUGUAGUGUGUGACCACUGCAUUUAAGCUGGUACACCAUUGACAUUUUAAUUGAAUUAACAUUUUAACUUCGCUUUAUUACCAACAAGAUGGCCACCGGUCCACCCCUGUUGAAUGUUAACUUGAAUGGAAAUGUCCUAUUAUCCAUAUUUCUGUGAUUUCAAUAGGUUUCCUAUGGAAGAUUGACAACAGAAUUUAGAAUAAUGGAUAUUCCCAUUCAAGUCAACAUUCUUUGAUGGGUGGACCUGCAACCUUGUUUGUGGUACCAUUUCAAAGAUACAAUUUCAAUUUUAUUCAGAUUUUAGUAUGAAUGGAAAAAUAUGUAUGGAAAGAUUAUUUCAAAUCAAAAGAGGUCAAAAUGCACCAAAGCAUAUGAAUCAACUCAGAAAGUUAUUGUAAAUAAAAAGUUAACCUCCUGGCAACUAUCUGCCUAUAAGUUACCGUAAAAUGCUCAGUAACCCCUUUACAGUGCCGUUCUUCUCUAUUGUCGCAUGCUCUUACAAAGACUGCAGAAUUGGUAGUGGACAAAAGAGGUGCUCAACCUCAAUUAACAUAACCAUAGACCACUUAAACUGGUGCAACACUUCCACUAACCAACGUUUGUCACAAAUACAUAUUGUAGACAACGCCCACAAAUAUGCUAAUAGGGAGCCCCCUGCCAGUACAUUGCCUCCACCUACAAUUCAAAGUGCAUAGAUGAUUGCACCUUUACAUUAAAAAUAUUUUUAACCAUUACACUAGAUUACCCAUAAAAGUUACAAAACAGUACCAUGUGAGAUCAUAUGAGUACCUCUGAAGGUGCCUUAUUUGUAUAUUUUACCUUUAUGUACCAUAGGGAACAACACUGUAUCCUAACCAUACCCUUAUUAUGUUCUUGGUAAUAAAUAUGUACCUGGUGGCAAUGCAGAAACAUCAACACACCUCUGACCAAGAGGUUGCAAGUUCAAAUCCCCACAGCAUAUAUUCAUACUUUACAUUAAGUGUCCCAGAGCCCUGCUAUUUUUAUGUUGGUGUUGUCAGAUAAUCUUACUUUGCCCACCCCCAAUGUCAUACCCAGAGACCUGGUCGCGUAGCAGGUAAUUCGGGUCGCUGGCAACCUAGAGGUUGCAGUAAAAAUACAGUAAAUAUCAUCAUUUACAAGUUCUUUUAGGGCAAUAACACCCUAGUAAAUUGUAUUUACUGUAUUUUUACUGCUACUCAGUAGCCAGUGUUUACUGUAAUAUAUAAUAAUUAUAGAUCAUUUUUAACAGUCUGAGAAACCUUUAGCAAAGUGCAGAAAUGUAAUUUCUGCCAUGCCCAAAAAGCAGAACAUUCCUGGUCACUGGUAACCAGAAGGUUGUAAGUUCAAAACCCAGGAGAGGUUGAAUCCCACAUGUCAUUUUACAGCAAUAACAUCUUAAUUCAGGUGUAAAAAAACAUUCAAAAAUAUUGUAAUUUCAGUUGUUUGAAGCUUGUGUACAAAAUGAAAGUUAAAGAUGCAAAAACGAUGCUUAAGAAUGGGACGCAUAGAAAUAGCGCACAUAGAACACAUCUAGCACUUAGACUUACUUUCAAUGAUAAUGACAGAUCUAUAACUCACAUUUCUAUGUGAAUUUGGUCAGGUCACACAAAAGGUUACAUAUUGCAGCUUUAAAUUAGGAAUCUUGCAGCUUUAAUUUAAUUGUAACAUUUCUUAUGAAACCUUAUGGUAUUUGUAUGGCACAGACAUUGUGCUACAUAGUAAAUGUUUGUUUUAUUGUUCUUCACAUUUUAAUUGACACAGUGACUAGAUAGCUUGCUUUAAAUUCAUCCCCUAUCCUUGUGCUACUGGGUACCAAUGAUCAUGUUCAUAAUUCCCUCCAAAAAUGAAUGAAUCCAAUCUUCCAACUGGCAAGAUAUCCAUCUGUUUGUUGGAAGAUUGGAUUCAUUUUUGGACAUGAUCUUUGGUUUCCAAUUUGCAAUAGCUUACAGUACAUGUCAUGAGUUAGUUUAGUUUAUUGAAACAUACCAAGCAUGACAAUAAAUGUAAAUAUUUCUACAAAAUAAACUAACUGCCAAAAAAAGCUAAGCAUUUCUGAUAAAUAAUCAUUUUCACAUUUAGUUUGAUUUAACAAUAUACAAUUAUUAUAUUUAACAUACAACAUCAGUUAAAGAAUAGAAUGUAUGGUAGCUUAUGUUCUCUGUGUACUUUACAGCUGAACAACUGAUGUUUAACAUGGCUUCAUUAAUUCAAAGUAUACAGUGCAUUUGGAAAGCAUUCAAAUCCUUUGACUUUUUUCAUAUUUUGUUACGUUACAGCUUUGUUCUAAAAUGUAUUACAUAUUUUUUUCCCUCAUAACUCGACAAACAAUAACCUCUCAUGAUGAAGCAAAAACAGUCUUUUGGAAAUUUUAUCAAAUGUAUAAAAUAAAAUAACUGAAAUAUCACAUUUACAUACACUACCAGUCAAAUGUUUGGACAUACAUACUCAUUCAAGGGCUUUUCUUUAUUUUACUAUUUUCUACAUUGUAGAAUAAUAGUGAAGACAUCAAAACUAUGAAAUAACACAUAUGGAAUCAUGUAGUAACCAAAAAAGUAUAUCAUUUAUAUUUGAGAUUCUUCAAAUAGCCACCCUUUGCCUUGAUGACAGCUUUCCACACUCUUGGCAUUAUCUCAACCAGCUUCAUGAAAAAGUCACCUGGAAUGCAUUUCCAUUAACAGGUGUGCCUUCUUUAAAGUGAAUUUGUGGAAUUUCUUUCCUUCUUAAAGAGUUUGAGCCCAUCAGUUGUGUUGUGACAAGGUAGGGGGGUAUACAGAAGAUUGCCCUAUUUGGUAAAAGACCAUAUUAUGGCAAGAACAGCUCAAAUAAGGAAGGUGAAACAACAAUUCAUCAUUACUUUUAGACAUGAAGGUCAGUCCAUACGGAACAUUUCAAGAAAGUGCAGUCACAAAAACAUUGAGCCCUAUGAUGAAACUUGCUUUUAUGAGGACAGCCAGCCACAGGAAUGGAAGACCCAGAGUUACCUCUGCUGCAGAGGAUAAGUUCAUUAGAGUUAUCAGCCUCAGAAAUUGCAGCCCAAAUAAAUGCUUCACAGAGUUCAAUAACAGACACAUCUCAACAUCAACUGUUCAGAGUAGACUGCGUGAAUCAGGCAUUCAUGGUUGAAUUGUUGCAAAGAAACCACUACUAACGGACACCAAUAAGAAGAAGAGACUUGCUUGGGCCACGAAACACGAGCAAUGGACAUUAGACCAAUUGAAAUUUGUAGAAUCAUGAUAGAAUCAUGUAGUAACCAAAAAAUAUAUUUUUACAUUUUUGAUUCUUUAAAGGAGCCACCCUUUGCCUUGAUGACAGCUUUGCACACUCUUGGCAUUCUCUCAACCACCCUCACCUGGAAUGCUUUUCCAACAGUCUUGAAGGAGUUCCCACACAUGCUUAGCACAUGUUGGUUGCUUUUCCUUCACUCUGUGGUCCAACUCAUCUCAAUUUAGUUGAGGUCGGGUGAUUGUGGAGACCAGGUCAUCUGAUGCAGCACUCCAUCACUCUCCUUCUUAGUCAAAUAGCCCUUACGCAGCCUGGAGGUGUGUUGGGUCAUUGGCCACUAAUAAAAAGACGAGGAUCCCAUCGUCUUUCUAUAGGCUAGGCCUACUAUAUUUAUUUCUCAUAUUUCCUAAUAUUAAGCACAUUGCUGAUAUUUUCAACAGGAGUAUAGCCUACCUGGCUGGCAUGAAAAUAAACCACGGGGAAAGCGUCCUCCAUUUGAUAUUUAAGUGUCACGUUCUGACCUUUAUUUUCCUUUGUUUUGUCUUUAUUUAGUAUGGUCAGGGCGUGAGUUGGGGUGGGCAGUCUAUGUUUUGGGUUUCUAUGUUUGGGUUUCAGUUUCGGCCUAGUAUGGUUCUCAAUCAGAGGCAGGUGUCGUUAGUUGUCUCUGAUUGAGAAUCAUACUUCGGUAGCCUGGGUUUCACUGUUCCUUUGUGGGUGUUUGUUUCCGUGUCUGUGUUUGUCGCCACACGGUACUGUUUCGGUUUGGUUAUUCAUGUCAUCGUUUAUUGUUUUUGUAUUCUUAGUGUUCAGUUUAUGUUUUUAAAAUAAACGACAUGAACAAUUA